GUUUACAACUCGGCACACGUGCGGCCGGUGCGUCGGGGCUCGUGGCGGCGUCUCGCGCAGACGGAGGAGGUCUCAUCACCUGAGAGCCGGGUUUUGGAGCGACGCACCUGCGCGCGUUCACCGCGGCUCCUUUCGGUCUCACCUGUGCGCAGAGGACGCCACCUGUGUGUUUUAAUGGCAGCGCGCUUCAACGUGUGUCCAGCAUGGCGGCGACCACCCCGGCACCGGCAUGGCUUGUAGCCGCGUCACCGCGCCGGAGCCGCCGCCGGGCAUCUUCAGGAGAGCGGCGGUGAUGCUGUGCUCCCUCUGCGCCUUCCUGCUCCUCCUGCACCGCUGCGCCUCCGGUUCGCCCCCACUGCUCAGAGCCUCCGACGCGGCCGCCGGUCCUUCCGGGGACCCGAGGUCCCUGCGGACGAGGCUGACGUACGAAUGGACCCGCGCGUCGGAGCCGGCGGGCUUUGGAGCCGCCGCGCGCGCCUCCCGGGGGCUCGCGGACGAGGCGCGGCCCGAGCGGCCGCUCGUGUCGCCGUCUCCGGACGCGUCCAGGAAGGUGUCGCCGCGGCUCGCAGGUAAACUGAGCGCGCUGGGCGACGGGAGCAGGAAGCUGCCGCAGGCGCUCAUCGUCGGGGUGAAGAAGGGAGGCACGCGCGCUCUGCUGGAGUUCCUGCGGGUGCAUCCGGACAUCAGGGCCGUGGGAGCGGAGCCGCACUUCUUCGACCGCCACUACGACAACGGGCUGCAGUGGUACAGGGACCUGAUGCCCAAGACUCUGGAGGGACAGAUCACUAUGGAGAAAACCCCAAGCUACUUCGUGACCCGAGAGGCUCCGGCCCGGAUCUCGGCCAUGUCCCGGGACACCAAGCUGAUCGUGGUGGUGAGGGACCCGGUCACCAGAGCCAUCUCAGACUACACCCAGACGCUGUCCAAGAAGCCCGACAUUCCCUCCUUCGAGAGCCUCACCUUCAAAAACAGGACUACAGGGCUCAUCGACACUUCGUGGAGCGCGGUCCAGAUCGGCAUCUACGCCAAGCACCUGGACAACUGGCUGCAGUACUUCCCCAUGGAGCAGAUCCUGUUCGUCAGCGGCGAGCGGCUGAUCAGCGACCCGGCCGGAGAGCUGGGUCGAGUGCAGGACUUCCUGGGGCUCAAGAGGAUCAUCACAGACAAACACUUCUACUUCAACCAGACCAAGGGGUUCCCGUGCCUCAAGAAGGCAGAGGGCAGCAGCAAGCCCCACUGCCUGGGUAAAACCAAAGGCAGGACCCAUCCCAACAUCCACCCGGAGGUGGUGCAGAGGCUGCGGGACUUCUACCGGCCCUUCAACAUGAAGUUCUACCAGAUGACAGGACAGUUUUUCGGCUGGGACGACUGAGUGUGUUUUAUUUCUGUGUGUGUGUGUGUGUGUGUUUCUGGGUUUCAGGGACACUGAAAAGUUUAAAACAUAAUAUUCCAAACACUGCUGUGACUAAAAGAUAUUAGUUGACAUUUCUACCCAUUUUUUUCAUAUUUGAUUUAUAUUUAAGAAUUUAGAUUAAAAUCUAUCUAUAAUCUAUAUUAUAUCAUGUCUCAUAUAAGCAGGACUAAAAGCAUACUAUUUCUCCAUCGUCAGCACAUGGUCAAACUAGUGCAGGAAUACUGAUCUCAGCACUAACUAAGCAAUAUGUGGUUGUUAUGAGGAGACAAAGAGGCACGAUCUCCCCACAGUGACACCCCAGAUAUGCAACAUCACAGCUGCCUCACAUCUGCAAUCACAAAAACCUGUAAAUGAGGUUGAAUGAACCCAUCCAGCGGUUCCAUAAAAGGCUUUAGUGAGAUGUUCAGACGUUAACAUUUCUAUAAUAAUAUGUGCUUUUUUUGAAAAAGUAUUUAUUAAAGAAGUACAUAAGCAGUAUAUUUCUAUUUUGAAUAACUCUUGAGUGGUGAUUACAUAUUUCCUUAUUAUGCAAGUUAACAUUUGUAUUGUAUUUAAAUUUUAAUUUUUGAUAAUUUAUUUAAACGCAUAUUUUCUAUGCAGCCUUUCAGUUGCUGAGCUGUAAGUUUGUUAUUUCAGGGCUCGUUCGUCCACCUUGAGUUAAUGAAGUUACAGGCAAAGAAUCGCACUCGCUGUUACUCGAGCAGCAGCAGAGGAGGCAAAAGUCCAAACGGUGACUCAGAUUUCCUCAAACAUGCCUCCUGUGAACUGAAUACACUUGAUGUCACUGGGCUCCGACGCCUGGAGGCAACGUGUGUGUGUGUGUGUGUGUGUGUGUGUGUGUGUGUGUGUGUGUGUGUGUGUGUGUGUGUGUGUGUGUGUGUGUGUGUGUGUGUGUGUGUGUGUGUGUGUGUGUGUGUGUGUGUGUGUGUGUGUGUGUGUGUGUGUGUGUCGUUUUAAAACAAGCCUGGGAACAAUGGUUAAGCUGGUUCCUAAUUUCGGUCUGUUUGUAUUGUGAGCCACUGUCUGAAAGCAGAUGUGGCUCAAAACGCAUAGAAUUAAGGUUGGUUUUUGGUGUGACCAUCAGAGUAGAGGGGAUUGUGUUUCCAGUUCUGUGCUGUUCUGACUUGUUUACUUCAACUUGUUGGAAGGUUUAGGGCACUUGAUUAAAAGUUCUGAGUUUUCA